AUUUUCACAUGUGAAUCUUCAUUAGGUCUCCAGCAUGGCAUAAACUAGAAAUUAGGGUUCCAAAUCCAUCCCUCUCUCUCUUCGUGAAAUCCAUCCCUAUCCCAAAUCCAUCCCUCUCUCUCUUCGUGAAAUCCAUCCCUACCCCAAAUCCAUCCCUCUCUUCAUCUUCGUCCGUGUCCCCUUCAUCUGGGUUAUGAUGGCAGACGGCGGUUUGAUGGCAGUAUUGCUGUAUUAUUUGAAGGCGCGAUUUCAAUUCAACAAGAAUCAGUUUGCCGAUUUGAUGAUGAUCUCUGGGAUCGGAGCUACUCUGACACAACUAUUUCUCAUGCCGAUAUUAGUACCUGCUGUAGGAGAGGAGAAGUUGCUCACAACAGGGCUCUUUGUUUCCUGCAUAAAUAUAUUCGUAUACAGUAUAGCGUGGUCGUCAUGGGUUCCAUAUGCUCUAGCAGGUUUCUCUGUUUUAGGCGUUCUCGUGCGACCAACUAUAACCAGCAUUGCAUCGAAACAAGUUGGACCGAAUGAACAGGGAAUGGUUCAAGGAUGUCUCUCAGGAAUCACUUCCGUCGCCAACAUCAUUUCUCCAUUAAUUUUCAGUCCACUGACAGCCUUGUUCCUGUCAGAAGACGCACCGUUUAAUUUUCCAGGAUUCAGCCUAAUGUGCCUUGGGCUAAUACUGAUGACAGCAUUUUUCCUUAGUCUUAUGAUUCGUGUUGCGCCUCCUAUUGUUGGCGACAAAGUUAGUAGUAACCGUUACACAGACACCUUGGUCUGAGGUGGGAGAUAAAUCUGCCUAUUAUUUAUGCGCAGAAGCAACAAACAUUAUAUUUCAUUCAUCAUUUUGCCUCUCCAAAAAGUGUUGUACAUAACCUGUGAGAGAUAAGUUGCAAAAUAAUAGAAUGAAACAUACUUUAGGUGUAGGUUCUACUUCUACUCAAGACAUCUAUAUGCUUUGACACACGGAGACACCAAGAACACACAAAGGUGAAUUACAGAAAAAGAAACAUGACUCAU